AUGUUAUCUAAUAAUGUUUUAGAUAUUAUUUUUAAUUAUAAUUCAGCUAGUGAUACAAAUUUACCGCAAUUAGUUUAUGAUUAUUGUAUUAAAUAUUAUAAUAAUUUAGAAAAUUUAUCUAAAAAUGAUUACGUAAUUUCAUCAAUUCUAAACAAACCUAUAGAAAUGUAUGAUAAAGAUUCACAAUAUCCUCAUGUAAAUAUGGCUAUAAGAUUAAGGAAAUUAGGUUUUAACUAUCAGCAAAAUGAUGUGGUAAAUUAUGUGAUAGGUGCUGGUUCAGGACCUGUAUCUAGAAGAGGGUAUCUUGUUAACGAAGACUUUGAAGUUGAUUAUGAUUAUUACAUUAAGACACAAUUAAUACCACCUCUUUAUAGAAUUGUUGAUUUAAUUAAAUCAAUAAGGGUUGAUAAAAUAUCUGCUAUAUUUGGAAUCAGUACAAUUAAUAUUCCUAAAGAAGUAAGUAAAAUAAAAUUUGUAUUAGACUGUUGUGGUAGUUAUGAAGUACCAACAGAUAAAUGUUCAAAGUGUGAUAAAGAAGUGUCUGAAGAAUUUUAUAAAAUAGCUGUUCAACGACUUUUACACCAGAAAGUUAAUUAUAAAGAUCAUUAUGGUGAAUGUUUAGUUUGUAACAUAAAAUAUUCUAAUAUGGCUACCAGUUGUUUAAAGUGUGAGAAAAACUUAUUUUUUAAUUUCAAGAAUAAAGAAUUUGAUACUCUUCUAUCAAAUAUUCAAAAUACGUUUUAUGAAAAUAAGAUAAUUAAUGAAAUAUGUGAUUUUUAUAGUGAAAAAUCAAGUUAUAGAGUUAUAAAUUUAGGAGAUUAUUUUUCUAAUGAAUUUAAAAGAAAGUAA